GCUGGUAGACGACGACACACACUUUCUCAAGUGCUGGCGUAGUCUCCCUUGGCAAUGAUUACACGCUCGUGAUCCUUGAUAGUGAGGAUAUGAUGGGUUGAGACCAGGAAGUUCAACAUCAGAUAGAUCAAGUAUCUGUAACUGACAUCUGCUCUGAUCUACUUUAAGACUAUCGACUAUUGAGGGGUAUGAUAUAUAGAGUUCAUCGCAUGCUUUCACCUGCUCUAACUUUGACCAUUCUCGCUUUAGUUUGCACUCAUUAGUGUGGUUUUGUCUUCCGAAUCUUGGAAGUGUUAGAUCUGACAGAAAAAGAAGCAGAAGAAGAAACCAUGCGAUACUAUACUCUCGUUAUAGCACUAGGUGUAACUACUGCGUCGAUCCCAGUCGAUGCUUUCCCUGGCUUUCCUAAGCUCAAACAGCUAUUGAAGAUCGAUGUUCUGAACCCCGCCGAUUUGAACAAUGCAGGGACGGAUCGAGGCGACGACUCCUUCGAGCUACUUGGAGACCUCGUCGGGAUGAGGUAUGCAGACCUGACCAAAGUAGGUCGCGACAUCACGAACUUGCUCAUGAACUUUGAUAACCCCGAGAGCGACGUCUCCUACAUCGAUGUCCCGGCAUUGGAUUCCACGGCCUGCACCGAGGAUACGUGCUGUGUCUGGAAGUACAUAGCUGAUGAGAUGACUGUUCUUUUUCGAGGAGAAUCAGGUCGAUGUACCAAAUGGGCCCGAAUGGCAGUCCGCCUUGGAUUUCAUGAUGCUGGAACCUGGUCCAAGGCUACUGCUCAUCAAGGUGGAGGCGCUGACGGAUCCAUCUGUCUCACGGACGAGUAUCUUCUUCCAGAGAACGGAGGUCUAGAAGACAUUUGCCUUCAGAUGCUCACAUGGUAUGACGAAUGGAAGCACCAGAAGGGUUUCAACAUCUCCAUGGCCGACUUAAUCCGACUUAGAGCUAAUGAAGUUUUAGAAAUGGGUGCCAAUGUUGCCACCGUGGUUUGUCCCCUUGGUCCUCGUGUCCGCUCUUUCGUUGGCCGCGUCGAUUCUGCUGCUGUGAACAGAGUAGAGCUCUUACCUAGCCCCUUUGCCGAAGCGGCAGACCUCAUCCGGCUCUUUCGGGAUAAGACGAUCAGCCCUCACGCUCUCGUCGCGCUUAUCGGCGCUCAUACAACAAGUCAGCAACGGCUCACGAAUGUUACUAGAGCAGGCGAUCCGCAGGAUAGUACACCGGGCGUAUGGGAUAAUUACUACGAGGAGACGUACGGCUCAGUCGACACACCAGAUCGGGUGUUCAAAUUUCCGAGUGACGUAGCCCUAGCCAAGUAUUCCGUGACGGCCACUGAAUGGGUUUCAUUUCUUGGCUCUGGAGGACAAGGUCACUGGAAUAUGGAUUAUGCUAGAGCAUAUAUUCGUCUAAGUCUGCUCGGCGUUAACAAUAUCAACCAACUCACCGAGUGUACCGUAGCCUUGCCGGCGCGAACUGAAACCUACAAGAACCCGGAUCAAGAGAGCAUGGAUGAAUGGUUGAAGAGCUCUCGGGUCUCUCUCACCUCCGAGGAGAUUGCAGAGAGAGUUGAGCUUGGAGGUAUAGUUGAUAUCAACAACCUCUUAGCAGGCAAUGGUACGAUAGAGGGGGAGUUGUAAACUUAGUGUAUCGUAUAUGGGCUUGGAUUAUAAGAAAAUUGGGUGAUUGUUCCUUUUUUCUUCUUCUUACAUGCAUAUAUAUAUACAUAUAUGUAUAUGUAUAUGCAUUACCUUUCGUUGCAAGUAUUGCCUCUUUUUUUGUAUAUACUCAUCUCUUCACUUCUACGGGAGCACGAAGUGUUGUCGAUCUGUUGCAUUGUAUUUUAAGGAUUAAUUUGCGACCUGCAGAGCUUCGCUAUAUUCAGCAAUAGUCAGCCAACUGGAAAGACUGAUAGUCUGCAGAUAUUGUCAGGUGACACGUCAGAAUCAAUAUGUACAUAAACAUUUCCCUUGUUUCUUUA